CAGUCAAGGUCAGCCAUGUCGGGCCGCGGCAAGGGAGGCAAGGGGCUCGGAAAGGGCGGCGCCAAGCGCCACCGCAAGGUGCUCCGCGACAACAUCCAGGGCAUCACCAAGCCGGCCAUCCGCCGCCUGGCCCGCCGCGGCGGCGUCAAGCGCAUCUCCGGGCUCAUCUACGAGGAGACCCGCGGCGUGCUCAAGAUCUUCCUCGAGAACGUCAUCCGCGACGCCGUCACCUACACUGAGCACGCCCGCCGCAAGACCGUCACCGCCAUGGACGUCGUCUACGCGCUCAAGCGCCAGGGACGCACCCUCUACGGCUUCGGCGGCUAG